ACUGCGUAAAGGUGUCGCUAAAUAUCCAGGCUCGCUUAACUACCAGCAAUUGUCACCAUAAGAAAGCCACAUAAGAAUAUGGCACCUCAACAAGUACUGGAGAAUUCCAGUGAGCAUACAAGCAGUCAAAUUCCUGAGUCAAAUAUUCAAAAUUCUGAUUCUUCAGGAUUAAACCUUGAAGAUUUCAAUACCUUAACGCUUAACAAUUUAUUGACUAUCUUAUCAAAGAUUUAUUCUACUAACAAUUUACUCAUUCUAGAUCCAACGUUAUCACCUUUAGUAAAUAGUUUAACUUCCUUUACCAAAUUGAAACGUCAUGGGAAUUUUGAAAACUUAAUUUAUUUAAAUCAACAACUGCAAUAUCAAGAUCUUACAAUAUUUAGUAAAUUUCUGAGUUUAAUUAUCUUAAUAGAAGAUAAUAAACAUAACUUAAAUUUACUUGAACAAUUACUUUUUACUAAUUUAGGAAUAUUGAAUUCAAUUAAUGGUUUAAAAAUUAAUAUAAUUGUUAAAAAUUUAACUAAUUCAUUUGUAUAUGAAUUAAAUAAAAUAUGUAAUGGAUCUCAUACAUUUGAAAGUAUAUUACAAUUAAAUUUUUCAAAUAAUAAUAAAAUUGAAAAGAUUAAUAGUAUAAAUAUUAUAUCUCGAGUUAAAGUUUGGAAUUGGGAAGCAUUACCAAUAUUUAAUGAAGAUAUUUUAAUAAUUGAUAUUGAUGAGAAGUAUAGUGGAAUUGAUGAAUAUUUUAAUGAACCUUUAAAACAAGUAAAUUCUUUAGCAAAUGCAUUAAUACAAUUAUUAUUUAUAAAGGAGAAUGGAAAUGAAAAUUUAAACUAUAGAAAUAUAUUAAAAUUAAAGAAUAUUUAUGGGAAGGGGAAUCAUUCAGAUUUAUUAAUUAAAUUAAUUAAAGAAUCAAAAAUACCUGAAUAUUUAAAUCAAAAUUUAAAUAAUUUAGAAAUUGAAUUUUAUAAUUCUAAACUUAUAAGUAAUACAGAUUUAAUUGUAAUAGAAAGAAAUCUUGAUUUCUUUUCAGUAUUAUUAGAUCAAGUUAAUUAUCAUGGAUUAAUUGAUAAUUUAUUUGAUAUUCAAUUUAAUAAAAUAAUUGGUUCAUUACAAGAUGAAAGUCAAAUUAGUGAUAAGAUAUUAAGUAAUAAUAAUGAUGAAUUAUAUACUAAUACUUUAAAAGAUUUAAAUUUUUCAACUUUAGGUCCAUUAUUAAAUAAAUUAGCUAAAGAAGUUCAACAAGAAUUUAAGAAUAAUAAACAAGAUGAAUCAACAAAUAUUCAAGAUAUGAAGAAUAUUGUUUCUAAACUUGGACAAUUAACUCAUAAACAAGAUUUAAUUAAGAAACAUACCAAUAUAAGUGAAUCAAUUAUUAAUAAAUUAACUGAUUUUGAAAUGUUUUUACAAUUUGAAAAUGAUUUCUUUGAAAUGGAAUAUAAUCUUCAAUUAUCAAAAUUAAAAUAUUUUUUAAGUUUAAAUGAUAAAUUUGGUUAUGAAAUUAUUUUAAGUAUAGUGAUAUUAAUAUCAAUUAAGAAUGAUGGAAUUCGAGAACGAGAUUUUGAUUGGAUAAAUCAAUCAAUAAUUAAUAAUUAUGGUUUAAAAGUUGCCAUGUCUCUUGAACGAUUUGUUCAAUAUAAAUUAAUUAGAUUAUUGGCUGAUCAAGGUACUAACUUUUUAUCAGUAAUAGGAUUAAGUGGUAAUACAACAACUGCAACUCAACAUGUUGUAGUUGAUAAUAAUGAAGAUACAUCAACUCAAUUAGGAAUUACUGGAGCUCAAGAUACUUAUAAAAAUAAUUUUACUUUAAUAGAUAAAUUUUGGAAUUUGCAUCCAAAUCAAGAAGAUGAAUUAGAAUCUUCUCAACCUAUAGGAAUUGAAGAUAAAGUAUCAUUAAUUGAUAUUUAUCCUCAUCCAUCAUUUACAUUACCAUCAAAUAUGGUUCCAUUAACUUUCAGAUUAAUAGAAUCUUUAUAUUAUAGAGAUUUUUUAACUUAUAAACCAAUUAAUAAUGUGAAAAAGAGACCUAAUUGGGAUAAUUUAGGAGUAGGAAGUAUGUUUAAGGGUAAAGUUAUUGAUAUUAAUAUUGAUGAUAAGCUGGAUAAGCGGACCACUUCAACAAUAACAGCAAAUAAUAAUAACAACAACAAUAAUAAUUCUAAUUCUACUUCUACUUCUACCCCUUCAAAAACAAGUUCAAGUUCAGUAUCUUUAGUAAACAAAUCAUUAGAGUAUAUAGUAAUAGUUUUCAUUGGAGGUAUAACUAGAAGUGAAAUGUCGUGUUUAAAGUACUUACAACAAAAAUUGAUUAAAAAUGGUAAAAACAAGAGAAUUAUUGUUUUAACCAAUGGUAUAAUCAAUCGGAAGAAAUUAAUCAAUUUUUUUAUUGAUUGAUUCUGAAUCAGGACCUGUAUAUUUGGAUAAUAGUAAAAGUAAAAGUAAUAGUAAUAGUUAAAGAAUAUAAAAUAUAGAAUAUUACGAUUUCCUUUUUGAUUUGAAAUGCAAUUGUUAAUGAAUUAAACAAAAAUAGUUUAAAUUCAUUGAGGGUUGAUUAUCAAUAUUUGGACUGUCAGUGGGAUUAUUCUAUAAUUCCACAAGGAUGACCACAAUGUUA